UUCAAGAUGAAUUAUACAGAGUCCAGCCCAUUUGCAGAAUCAACUGCCAUAGGUUUUACACCUGAGUUAGAAAGUGUCACACCUGUGCCUUCCAAUGAGACCACUUGUGAAAACUGGAGAGAGAUACAUCAUCUCGUUUUUCAUGUAGCAAAUGUUUGUUUUGCAAUAGGGUUGGUUAUUCCGACCAGUCUUCACCUUCACAUGAUCUUUCUUAGGGGGAUGUUCACGAUAGGAUGCACCCUCUACAUUGUCUGGGCCACUCUCUACCGAUGUGCCUUGGAUAUAAUGAUCUGGAACUCUGUGUUCUUGGGUGUCAACAUGUUGCAUCUUUCAUAUCUUUUAUACAAGAAAAGACCGGUGAAGAUUGAAAAGGAACUCAGUGGCAUCUACCGGCGAUUGUUUGAACCACUCCGAGUGCCUCCAGAUUUGUUCAGAAGAUUAACUGGACAGUUUUGCAUGAUCCAAACCUUGAAAAAGGGCCAGGCUUAUGCUGCAGAGGAUAAAACCUCAGUCGAUGACCGUCUGAGUAUUCUCCUGAAGGGAAAAAUGAAGGUCUCCUAUCGAGGACAUUUUCUGCAUAACAUUUACCCCUGUGCCUUUAUAGAUUCUCCUGAAUUUAGAUCGACUCAGAUGCACAAAGGUGAAAAAUUCCAGGUCACCAUUAUUGCAGAUGAUAAUUGCAAAUUUUUAUGCUGGUCAAGAGAAAGAUUAACUUACUUUCUGGAAUCAGAGCCUUUCCUCUAUGAAAUAUUUAGGUAUCUCAUUGGAAAAGACAUCACGAACAAGCUCUACUCAUUGAAUGAUCCCACCUUAAAUGAUACAAAGACCAGAAAGCUGGAGCACCAGCUGAGCCUCUGUGCACAGAUCUCCAUGAUGGAGAUGAGGAACAGCAUAGCCAGCUCCAGCGACAGUGACGAUGGCCUGCACCAGUUCCUCCGCAGCACCUCCAGCAUGUCCUCUCUUCAUGUGUCAUCCCCGCACCAGCGCGCCUCCGCCAAGAUGAAACCCAUAGAAGAAGGGGUGGAAGAUGAUGACGAGGUCUUUGAACCGGUGUCUCCAAAUACAUUUAAAGUCCGUCAUUUGCCUUGAUCCGAGAGAGAAUUCAGGUUACCGAGAUGGAAACUGUCUCGAAGAGAUCCUGGAAAUGCCAGCACUUUUUCACGGCUUUUAGAUUAUUAUUCCACUGUAGCAUCUGAGACGGGGAGCGUCUGAGGGCAGGACGAGGGGAUGGCUCAGAGACGGACAGGUCAUUUUCCCACUCCUCCUAAUUGUCAGAUUUUAAAGUAACUUCCACUGAGCUUUCUGACUAACCCUGGGUCUAUUUUGAGAUAUGUAUUUUCACAGU